UUGGACAGCAUCAAAAUCGCAUGCAAACCCCCUUCAGGAGGGUCAGGAUCCCGGACUGACUGCCAAGGGUAAAACUCCUGAGUCGCUUAUGAAGAAACUGAUCCUGCUUCGGUUCACAUACAGAGGACUUGUCAGAAAAGGGAAAAGGAGUAAAAGAAGAAAAUGGCAAAUUAUAUUUUGCGGAACGCCGAACCAAGGGAUGUGCCAGACAUAUUACGACUCAUAAAGGAACUUGCUAAAUAUGAAGAAAUGGAGGAGAAGGUGCUGUUGACAGAGAAAGAGUUGCUGGAGGACGGCUUUGGAGAUCACCCAUUCUACCACUGCAUCGUUGCAGAAGUACCAGAAGGAGAUCAGAAUGGAAACAACAAUGCUGUGGUUGGAUUUGCCAUGUAUUACUUCACGUACGAUCCUUGGAUCGGAAAACUGCUCUAUCUUGAAGACUUCUAUGUGAUGGAGACGUGCAGGGGAUUCGGAAUCGGCUCCCAAAUCUUGAGGCACUUAAGUCAUAUGGCAGUGCAGACCCGGUGCAGCGCCAUGCAUUUUAUUGUGGCGGAGAACAACCAGGCCUCCAUUGAGUUCUACAAGCGGCGCGGGGCCUCCGACAUCUCCCUGGAGGAGGGCUGGCGCUUGUUCAAGAUCAACAAGCAGCACCUGCUCAAGAUGUCGGCCGAGGAGUGAGCUCCGGGUGGGGCAGGUGGGCGGGGCGGGGCAGGGCGGCCGAGGAGCAUCAGAGUGAGCUGGCCCUGCAUCCUGGCUGGCCAGUUCUGAACACAGCUAUGGAGGAGGCACACACACACACCUCCCUCACUCAGAUCUCUUUGCCGUUGUGGAUGGUGGUGGUGGUGGUGGUGGGCGCGUUAUAAUUGUUUUUUGUUUACUAUUCCUUUUGAUCAUAUACUGUAGGUUUUGGUUUUAUUCGUUAAACUGUCACGGCUUUGUAGCUAUAGGCCUACUGUGGCUAGACUGCAUGUCUGAUUGUCAUCUACUGAGCUGUUAAGGAAAAUUGACCGUAGUUAUAUUAGUUAAUUUUAACAUUUUACUUAAAUCCUCCAUGUAUUUUUAUUGUUUGAGGGUGUACCUUUCACCCACAGACUGAACUGUGAUGUCAUAUUACAGAGAAUAAAAUGGCCCCAAAACAAG